ACAACAAGAAAAAUUUAUUUUUUGUUGAUAUGUUGACUUAGAUGGCGGGGAGAACAACUCAUUUUCGUGCUUAGGGCACUAAAAAGUCUGAAUCCGGACUCUUUGAACCUGCUCAAAUAAAUCAACUUCCUUUUGUCCUAACACCGAGGAGGAUGAGAAAGAACGGAAAGCAUCUUGUCUCUGCCCAAACCUUUUGGGAAAGGGAUGGCGAGCGGGAGGGACAUCUGUCUGUUGGAAUCGAACUGUGUCCUGCCUCCGACUCUGGUGGAAUCUGCUUUUGCGCUUUUAAGGGCUGCGAGGGCCUUUGGAGACUAUCUCUCCCAAAACCACCCCGAAGGCAAGAAUGGCUCAGACCACUUGCUGGCGGAGUCCUACUUGGGCCCCGAGGACUCUCCCGAGAUGCUUCCUCCGGCCCCGCAGAACAAGCGCCGGCUGUCACUCAUCUCGGACGGCAAGUUUGAGCGGAGCUUUUCGGAGGAAGGCGGGGAGAAGCUCCCGGGCGAAGGCCCCAAACCGAGGGUCUACACCAUCUCGGGCGAGCGGCCCAUGCUGUCCCAGCACCAGAGCGAGAGCAUGGAGCUGGUGGUCCUCAAAGGAGCGGCCGAGGCCGAGGCGGUGGCGACCGGAGAGGAGGGCGAGGGACGUGGUGAGCGUGGGUCCCAAUCCCAGAACGGAGGCAGCUCCCACGACGUGGGACGGAGCUGCAAAGGCGACUGGGCCGGCCCCAAGGAGUGUCCCGGCUGCGUCCCGUUGGCCGGCACAUCUCCAGAGCACCACCACCAUCACCACCACCACCACCAUCACCACCACCAAGCGGGAGAGACGAGCUGGCGCCGGAAGAAGCUGGAGCGGAUGUACAGCAUCGACCGGGGCCCUGACGAAGUCCCCAUCCGGACCUGGUUUCCCAAAGAAAACCUCUUCACUUUCCAAACCGCCACAACAACUAUGCAAGCAAACUUCAGGAAGCAUCUCCGAAUGGUGGGGAGCCGCCGCAUGAAGGCACAGACCUUUGCCGAGCGGCGCGAGAGGAGCUUCAGCCGGUCCUGGAGCGACCCCACUCCCACUAAGCCCGAAAACCUCAAUGAUUCCCGAGAAAGCCAUGAGCCUCCGGAUCCGUGUUGCGUUCCCGACAAGGGAGUCGACCUGAACUGGGAGGCGGAGAAGGAGGCCGAAGCCACCGCCUGCAGCGGGGAGGACUUCGUCCCACCUAAAAUCAUGCUCAUUUCCUCCAAAGUGCCCAAAGCCGAGUACGUCCCCACCAUCAUCCGCCGGGAUGACCCAUCCAUCAUCCCCAUUCUCUAUGAUCACGAACAUGCCACAUUUGAUGACAUUUUGGAAGAAAUCGAGAAGAAGCUGAACAUCUAUCGAAAGGGCUGCAAAAUCUGGAAAUUGUUGAUCUUCUGCCAGGGGGGUCCAGGCCAUUUAUAUUUAUUGAAGAAUAAAGUCGCUACUUUUGCAAAAGUGGAGAAGGAGGAAGAUAUGAUCUAUUUCUGGAAGCGACUGGGCCAUCUGAUGAGUAAGUUGAACCCGGACCCAAACGUCGUCCACAUAAUGGGAUGUUACGUCUUGGGAAACCACAAUGGAGAGAAGCUUUUCCAAAACCUGAAGAAUCUCAUGAGUCCCUGUCGCGUGACUUUUGAGUCUCCUCUCGAACUCUCCGCUCAAGGAAAGCAAAUGAUCGAGACCUACUUCGACUUCCGCCUCUACCGCCUCUGGAAGACCCGCCAACACUCCAAGCUUUUGGACUACGACGACAUCUUAUGAGUCUUCGGAACGGAUGGCGAUUUCCUUGAGCCGUGUGCCGAGAGCGUGUGAAAGCGGGAGAUAUUUGGGAGCCCAAGAAGGCACGGAAGAGCCGGACUGGACGGCGAGGCGGCAAAAGUGUCCGGCGUCGGCGACCGGACACUUGGGCGAAGCGUGAACGGAGAACGGGCGGCCGAUCUCCGCGGGACUGAGCUUGACGGGCCCAAGACUCCCUUUUUUUCAGGUCCUUUCUAUAACAAGACAUUCCAUGCUCAGGUUUUCUUACCUCUAAAGACAUGACUUGAUCAUUGUUUUCGUUCUCCUCCUCGACACAGGAGAGAUUUAUUUAUUUAUUGCCAGAGCUUUUGGAGGCAACGAGAGCGGUCGUUUCGGGACUCGAAGGGAGAAAGAAAGAAACAAACACAUAUACAUAUAGAUAAAGUGCGAUUUUUAUACGGAUAGAGGGAAAUAUUUAGCUAGCGGUCGAGACGUCCCAGUUACCGGUAUCGGAAACAUUUUCGGCGUCUGCUGGAAAAUAUAUCUGAGAUAGGAAUAUAAUUUCUGUAGACAUAUACACACAUAUAUUAUAUAUAUAUAUGUAACUCACCAGCAGAAGAGGCUCAUAUUUUGCAGAUCCACGGAGGAGCGAUUCCCGUGCGCUUCUAUAUUCCAAAUAGUCAACGUGCGCUUCUAUAUUCCAAACUUAGAAACGAAUAGCCAUGUUCGGGGAAAAAAUAAUAUUCUUUUUCUCGCACUUGUUAUCAUCGCUGCCUCUCCUUACCCCCGAAACAACGGAUUUUAAUACAUAGCAGCUCAAUUUCAGAACGUUUUUUUGUCUGUGUAUUUAGUACAGGAUUUUGGGGCAACUUGGUGAAGCGGCUCAAUCUUUUACGUCCUGGGCUCAAUACUUGGGAAAAUGUCAGGAGAGAAUGCUUCUGGAACAUGGCCAUUCAGCCCGGAAAACAUACAACAACAACAACGGCAACAACAACAAUAACUCAAUAAUGUUAUCCCCUCCUUUUACUAAUCUGGAUUUUUAACCUUCAUAAUAAUUAAUGAUAAGAGGCAAUAAUUACGAAAACACAAGAAAUACCAUUCAGACAGAACAGAAUGGAAAUAUAUUGGGACAAUAAUAAUAAUAAUUAAUAAUUCUCUAAAAUGUCAUCCCCUCCUUUUACUAAUGCUGAUUUUUAACCUUCAUAAUAAUUAAUAAUAGACGUAAUAAUUAUGAAAACAUAAGAAAUGCCAUUUAAAAUUACAUUUAGACAGAACAGAAUGGAAAUAUAUUGGGACAUGUUGCAUUUGGCCCAUGCCAAUAGAUAAUAAUAAUAAUAAUAAUAAUAAUAAUAAUAAUAAUAAUAA